AUGACACCUUCGCCGAUCACUUCGACGGGCCCGUCGACGGGGACUACCACGCCGUCGAUACACUCCGACAAGGGCGGCAAUGAAAAGCAAAUCGAAGCAGUCACCGAGCGUGCCGUUCUACCUGAACAGCUUGGCAGUGAGCUGAGUCGACAAGUGCGCCACAAAUACGCCUCAUCGUAUAGAAAAAUCUUUGCCGCCAUCUUUACCGUCAACUGUGCUGUAUUCGUGGCCUUGAUGGUUAAAUCCAAUGGCAAUCCCAACUCGAGAGAUGUGGGUAGUGCGGCGUCUGCAAACCUCAUGGGCAGCAUCCUGUUCCGACAAGAAGAGUUCGUGAACCUCUGGUACGAGAUAUUCACCUGUGUCCCCCACUCCUGGCCUCUUUACAUCCGAAAGCGCCUGGCCAAGGUCUUUCACUAUGGUGGGUGUCACAGUGGCGCAGGAACAGCCGCCGUGGUAUGGUACCUGCUUUACACGGUACUGGCGACCAAAGAAUGGAUCGAGGAGCCAUUGACAGAUGUGCUGGUCAACAUGAUUACCAGUUGGGUCUUGGUCUCUAUGUUCCUUAUCAUCUUGACAUCAGCCCACCCCAACCUACGCCGAAGAUUCCACGACUACUUUGAGGCUUUCCACCGCUUUGCUGGCUGGACCGCUUUAAGCACCUUCUGGGUCCAUAACAUCUUCUCUGCCAGAGUUACUGCCAGACAGCUAGACAUGUCCCUUGGCGCUGUUCUCGUCAGCUCACCGAACUUCUGGUUCAUUUGCGUCUCGACUUCAUGCACCAUCGCCUCGUGGUCUCGUCUGCGCCACCGCACUGUGUACCCUGAGAAGCUGAGCAACCACGCCACGCGCUUACACUUCAAGUACCGCGGCAUGGCCCCUUUCUACGGGCUGAAGAUUAGUGAUAAGCCACUGACCGAGUGGCAUGCGUUUGCCACUAUUCCCGACACAGACCCCGAGUCUGGAAAGAUCGUUGGCUUCAGUGUCGUCGUUAGCAACGCCGGCGACUGGACCAAGGAGCAGAUCGCGAAGUCUCACGAGCGAAAGCUGUGGGUGCGUGGUGCCCCCCUGCACGGUCUUCUAUACACCUCCAAACUGUUCCGACGUAUCGUGGUGGUUGCGACCGGAUCCGGUAUUGGGCCUUGCCUUUCACUGCUCUUUGCCGGCAUCACCCCCCGCCGUGUAUUCUGGAGUACCCGAGAGCCUCUCGGGACAUACGGCCCCCAGGUCGUAGCAGAGGUCAAGCGAGCGGACCCGAACGCCGUAAUCUGGAACACCCACGAGAGAGGGUACCCCGACAUUGUUCGCGAGGUGUACCAACUCGUCCACGAAUCCAACGCCGAAGCCGUAUUCAUCAUCUCCAACCCUAAGGUGACGGAGAAGGUCGUAUACGGCAUGACCACACGCGGAGUCCCCGCGUACGGUGCCAUUUUUGACUCAUGA